AUGAUUCUGACAAUUCUACAUGCAUUUGUAAGACUAUAGAUUGAUUUAUACUUUUAGAAUGCUCCACUAUAAUUCAUGGAUGCUAAAAAUGUGAGUAAAUUUCUGGUACAUCAGGAUUUAAAAAAGUCUCUUGUCAACAAUGCGAAGAUGGUCUCUUUCUGCUAAAUAAAGAUUCGGAUGUUGAUUGUGGAUCCUAUUGUGAGACUUGUGAUUUUAAUAAUGGUUGCCUAUCUUGUCCUGGUGAAAAAUAUCAUUAAGGUUGGUUAAAUACUAUAUCAAUAGAUAAAGGAACUCAUUAAACUGGAUUUAAAACUUGCUUAUGUAAUAAACCUCAAACUGCUUCAUCCUUUUGCAAUAUUGAUUAUUGUGAAAUUUAUGACUACAAUGAUCAGUUUAACUGUGCUCUUUGCCAAGAUGGAUAUUUUCUUGAUAAAUAAGGGUAUUUUAAUUCAUCAGCUGGUAGAUAUCAAAAUAUUUGCAUUCCUCCUUGACGAGGAGAGCCCUAAAUAGAUAUCAAUAAAAGCAUGCUUGGAUGGUUUUGUCGAUUUAAUAACUGGCAAUUGUGUACCGAAUUGUGGUGUUGGAAGAUAUGGAAAUGUAACAUUUGGAUACAAAGGAAUGAUUGAAUCAACUAUUUGUUUAGAAUGUGACUCAUCCUGCUUUGAAUGUAGUUCUAAAUAUAAAUGUAUAUCAUGUAAGUAAGGCUACUAUCUAAAUACUAGAGAUGGUGAAAAAGCAGGGAUAUGUUUACAAAAACUAGGUAAAUUUGAGGGUGAGUUGUAUGUUUAAUCUAAUAACUAAAGUUCUGGCAUAUUAUAAGAUGGUUCCCUAAAUUAUCCAUUUUAUUCAAUAAUAGGUGCUUUAUAAAAAGCAUAUGAAUUAGGUUCUCCUUAUAAUUAAUCUACAAUAAGAAUCUAUUUAUUUUCAAACUAGACCCAUUCAAUGUUAAGAUAUAAUUCCAAAAUGAAAAUUUUUGAAAAAUUUGAUGAUUAAUAAACUACAAUGAUUAUUUUAGAUACUGUGGAUUCAAUCCCAACAAAGGUUUAUUAUAAGUUGAGAGAUAAAUUCAAAUUUCAAGUUGGAGCUGGAUUAAUUAUUAGAAACAUAAUGUUUGAUGCAACAGAUUCUAUUAUAGACAUUAGAGGGGGAAAUAUCGACUUAUCCUCAAUAGAAUCUUAAGAAUAUUAAUGCUUGGAAGAUUUUUCCUCUAGUUGUUGUUAAUCAGAGUAUGAUUUCGACAUGAAGCGAUAUACUAUAAUUGGCCCUUCAAUUUGCUAAAAUAAUUUCUUAAACAAUGAUGUUAAUGAUUAGUUAGAAUAAUAAGACUGUACAAAAAGAUAGGGAUUUGGAUCGUUUUUUGAAUUCGAUGUAGGCUUAGAGACAAUGUUAUCAUCACCUCCUAUUCUAAAAUUAGAGGUAAAUCCACAAAUUAUUAAUCAUAUUUUAGAAAGUAGAGUUUAAGAAUUACUUAUACAAUUUCCAUUCAUUUAUUGA